CUCACUAGUAGCAGCUCACAAUGGCAGGCACCAAGCUAAUAGCACUGGGUUUCGUUGUCCUCGUGAGCAUGGGGUUAGCCAAUGCUGUAAGGGUGGCUAGAUAUUCUAGUGCUGAUGGAACUGGCACAGGAGGGGGAGGGGGUGGUGGAUAUGUGAACGGUGCAGGAUCAGGGUCUGGGUCCGGCGCUGGUGCAGGUGGGAGUGGUUCAAAUGGUGUCCACGCAAGUGCUGGAGGGGGUGGUGGUGGUGGUGGAAGUAGCCAGUAUGGUGGGUCUGGAUACGGUGGAGGGUCUGGGGCAGGUUCUGGUUCCGGAACAUAUAACCAAGGAAGGUAUUCUGGCUAUGGAGAAUCUUCCAAUGCCGGUGGUACCGGUGGUGGUGGAGGAGGAGGACAGGCCGGAGGUUACUGGGGAUCUAGUGGACAGGGGUCUGGUAGUGGCACUGGAUCUGGCUCUAGCUAUUCUAACAGGUAUUGGUACGGGCCCAGCUAUGCAGGUGCAAAUGCAAAUGGCAACGGUGGUGGCAACGGGAAUAGUCAGAACGGUGGAAGUGGUGGCGGUGCAGGUGGUGGGUCGGGGUACGGCAACGCCAAUCCUUGAUUUCCAUACCAAGUCAAUCUAAAGUUGGAGGCCAUUGUACUUUGUUGUUUCAUGUCGUGGGAUUAUUUUAAUUUCUUUGUAAUUGUGUUAUGUUUUUGCAAAUUAAUAAAGGCCCCAACUGUGCUAGUAAAUGUUGCAGCCUAUGGGAAGAUGUUCAUGCCAUGUCAGUUCAUGGAUAAAAUAAUAUUGCUGUUAUUUUGUCACUGUAUCUGGAGAAAUUUCAUGAGGAA